GUUUGUAAAUCGAUCUUCACAACCCUAAUUUGCCUUGACGUUUUUUGUUUUUCUGGCAGAGUUUUGUGAAAAGUUUCGUAGCUAACAAAUAAAGGAAAUCGAAUAGAAAAAGUUAACAAAAACAAUAUACAAAUAUUAUUUACUACCCAUUGUAUACAAUCAGUACACCUAAAAGCAAAAAGUAUUGUCAAUUUGAUAUCUAAAUAACUUGCGCUAAAGUGUGUCAGUGGAUCAAAGCUGAAAUAGAAAAGCGAGUCUUGGCAAACAACAAAACAACCAAGCAAGCAGGCAGGCAACCAAGCAAGCAAAGCAAAACUAGAACAAACAAAAUGGAUAUUAUGGAUAUACAAGCUGUAGAAUCUAAGUUAAGUGACGUCACUGUUACACCAAUACCACGCUCUCAGGUUCAAAAUUUCUACAACUAUCAACAGCAACGUGAGCAGCGCGAACAACAGCCUCAGAUACAAAUAUCCGCCAUACAUCAUACACCCCGCGAUCGACAUCACAGUGAUAGGACCUCAUCAUCUUCAAGCCGUGAUUUGUAUACAUCAAAGCGGGACAGGGACUAUCAUCAGCAGUUGAGUAAUGUGGCGGCAGGUGCUGAUGAUUUACAACGGCGCUUGGCUAGCGGCGGAAAUACUAGUGCAGCUGUGGCAGCGGCCGCCUUACAGUACACCCAACAAUUGCAGGCCCAAUUGGCUUUGCUGCAGCAGCAGGCAAAUACCACUGCCUCGCCAUCAAUAACAUUGACACCAGCAGCCCCAUCACGAUCCUCGUCGUCACAUUCAAACAAUCACAACCUAAGUCAUCAUCAGCAACAACAACAUCAUCAUCACAGUAAUGCCAACACUAACCAAAAUAGUACCAAUCUUAGUAUUAGAUCAAAUAACUCCCAGCAACAGGUGCAACAACAGCAGCAGCAGCAACAUACCCAAUCGCAACUUAAAUAUCCCCAAUCCUCGUCACCAGCUGAACUUUUAGCCGUUCAGGCUUCCCUAAACCUCAGUUCAUCGAAUAGCAGCAGCAGUAGCGGCAAUGGCCUAACAAAAUAUGCUCAACUCUUGGCAGUUAUUGAAGAAAUGGGUCGUGACAUAAGACCCACAUAUACCGGCUCCAGAACAUCAACGGAACGUCUUAAACGUGGCAUUGUACAUGCUCGUAUUUUGGUGCGAGAAUGUUUAAUGGAAACCGAACGUUCGGCACGUCAAUGAGAUUUACUUUCGCCAGCUGAGCUGAAACAACACCAAGAAACAAGUGAGCAAAUGGAGGAGAGCGAUUUCAAGACGAAGACGACGACAACAGCAAGUAACAGCAGCAGCAUCUCAUUACAAAGUACUACUGAUAGUUGUUUUAAGCAAUAGCCUUUAUAAAUAACUUUUAUAACAAAUUUUGAAUUUAUUUAAAUUUUUUUCCCGUACACGUUUUUUUUUGUAUUUCAUCUCUUGCUCAUAAGUUAGUUUUAGUUUAGAAUUUAGUCAUUUAGCUAAACGAAAAUUAUAUUCCAAAUACCAAUACAUUUGUCCUGAAGAAUAAUUUUGUUCACAUAUAUAUUGUUAGAAAAAAAUCUGAGAUCAUGACCAAAGCAUUAUUCCAUUGAAUCGAAGAUUUCUUUAACGAAUCUAAUGUAUGGUUUUGGAAAAUUUUCAAGACGUUUUUGUUUUAAUUUUUUUUGCAGAUUUCAUUUAUGAUAAUUAUUUUAGAUUAGUUCUUCCUUCCGCUUAUAGUGGAUGGAUGUUUUUUUGCUUUAUUAAAUUAUAUUUUAUCACCUAA